GAGAGACGACGCACGAAAAUAAAGAAGGAAUUCAAGUGGCGAAGAUUAAGACGGAAAUGCGUGCAGAUGCGUCGGCGGACCAGAGAGAAAGAAAGUCGGACGCGUGCAUGCCUUAUCUGCGACGCGAGCGAGCGCGUAUAUGUGUUCAGCUGAGGCGGCCGAGUCGCCGCACCCCACGCACGGCUCGCCGAGGCCGACGAUCUGCUUCUUCCUUUUGCCCUCGCCGCCACUUCAGUUCGUUGUUUCGCUUUGCGCGCUGCGCUUACUCCCUCGCUUCUUGUAGCUGACGACACUACCAACUUACGCUUUUCUCAGAUCGCACGCGAGACCUCUCACGCUUUCAUUCGUUCUGCUGCUGCGAAACAACCUUGGCGCUGUUCAUCGAUGAGACGUUGAUUUUCAUUAAGCAAUUGUCAAGAUCGCCAGGUUCGUCGAUCUUUCUUAUCUGUCUUGCGUAAAUUUUGCGGCACCCACGCACAGCCAUGCGGACCGGACUCACGCUGCCAAUUGUCCUCGUUAUCUUCGCCACGCUAGCCUCCUUGCUCGCGGACUCGCGCGCCUGCGAAAUAGAUAAAAUGGGGCACGGAUGCCGGAUAAACAAGGCUCAGUGCUCCUGCGGAUACGGAUGCAAGGCCGAGUACAGAUACAAGGACAUGGAAGAGUGCAAUCACGCUUUGACCGGAAAACGUCACAACGCCUGCCACAGCGCCAACAGGUGCUUGCACGGUGGCAGUUGCUUGCAGAUCACCUCGCAGCCUGGCUUCAAGUGCUUGUGCGAGGGCACCGGCUUCUUUGGCUAUCGCUGCGAAAAACCGUGCCCUGGCCCGGAAAAUCCACAUCACCGUGGACCCUUUCCCUACGAAUGCGUUGUCAUUUAAAUGCCGCACCACCUUUACCAUGGCGCUCGGUGUUUGAAUUAACCUAUUUACAUAUAUCAAUUAGAAUUAACAAUUUUGUACAUAACAAUUGUAUUAAACAAAAAUAUAUAUUAAAAAUCACACUCAAAACACGAGCUUUGUAAAUAGAUAGCGUUCAAGUUUUGUGUAAACCA